UACACAUCCCCCAGAUCUACACAUCCCCCAGAUCUACACAUUCCCCAGAUCUACACAUCCCCCAGAUCUACACAUUCCCCAGAUCUACACAUCCCCCAGAUCUACACAUCCCCCAGAUCUACACAUCCCCCAGAUCUACACAUUCCCCAGCUCUUCAAUGGCUACAAAGAAAGACGAGUGCCUAAUCUGUGUCCUGUUGGCGAUAUAGUCCCCCGCUGCUAGAACAGACUUUCCAUUGACAUACUGUUGCCUACAAUGUUUCUCACUCUUCCACUGCCUACAGAUGACAGGUUCAGGGUGGCGGCCAUUUUGCAUGGAAAACUCCUCUCCUUUUCUGUGUCCAGUUGCUAUUGUUUCCGGAUGGUGAUAGAACUGGUCUAGCUCUCCUGGUGGUCAUGCCCCGUGCUCCCGGUAGAGCCCACUAGAGCCCUCAUUGAUGAGAAACUGCAGAUUGUGGUGAAGAACAUUUUUCCCCAAAAAAGAAGAUCACACUUCGUUCCUUUCAGCGCUCUGAGGAUGGGAGGCAUUCGGCCAUUAUGCCAGUGAUGAAACGGGGAUGGUCAAAGGUAAGAAGAGGUAUGGUUUUGGGCUUGUGUUCCUACUUUGCCAGGUGUUACUAUCUAUGUUUGUGAUACUUCAUGCGAAAUGAAAAAUUACAAUAUUUUGACUGGUUUAUCAACUGUACAAAUUGCUAUAGUAAAGCAACUGAGUUGUGUUAUUGUCACGUACCGUGUGUGAAGUUGCCGAGGACAUCCGUUUUGGUGGUUUUUAUGUGAAACAUGACCCAGGUACACACACCACACACACACCAAAUUACAUAAUAUAUGCCUCUGCUCCAGUAUGAAUUCUGAAUUAUUUUCAGUUAGCUCUCCCUACAUAGUUGACUGUUUAUUUUCUCUGUGUCAGGUUGAGGAAGAAGGAUAUCCAUACUCCACUGCUGGUUCAGAUCUCUGUGUACAGUGGCCACAUCAGCCAGGACUUCAGUGAGCAGGCUGCUGUAGCCUGUACAGUCGUAGAGCGCUGGUGUAUGGCCCCCGUAGUCCAAAAGAUAGACAUCUACAAGGACGGAAUCCAGGGAACCCUUUUUAUACCAGCAGGUCCUGGACCAUUCCCUGCUGAGCUGGAUCUAUCUGGGGGAGGAGGGGGUCUGUUUGAGCAUCGCUCCUCCCUAUUAGCAUCCGAAAGCUACGUCUCCUUAGUGCUGCAGUACCCCACGGACGUCUCUACAACGGUUGCCAUAGGAUGCAAGUACUUUGAGAUGCACAGUACAGUAUGUGGGAGAGGGCAGGGAACCUGUGUCUUACCCUGGGGCUGGUCACCUGAUCAAACCUUUCUACACUCCUCUCUUCCGCUCCAGCAACUCCCAAGAACAGGGGCAAAGUGAUCAUGUUGUGGGGAGAGCAGCCCAAAUGGAGGAGGCUCCUGGAGUUCCUUCAGAAGAACCUGUACCAAAGACAGGACCCCUCUGUCCCCUCAGAGCUGUGAGAUCCUCCUGGACUAUCUCCAUUAUAGUCGUCGCUUCUCCAGCUUCAUUAUCUGUCUUGAAAUUAAGUAGAGACAAUAUUGGUUGGAUUUGUUUUUACUCACCAGGUGGCAGCAUUGCACAGUCUCUUAAAUGACUGGUCUGCUGCUUGUAGUUGUCAUAGUAGUCAAUGUCCUGACAAUUACAAGGAGGAAGAAGAGGAGAUGGUCGACAUCGGCCUUUCAUCAAAGUCCUUAUAGGGAACCCUUUCUGUUUAAAGACCUUGGAUCAGACCUUGGCUGCUCGGUCACGGUUGAGUUGCGGUCUUCUAGCCAACCUGGUUUGGAUUCCAAACUCCUGUGAGGUAACAUGACGUGUUAUUGAUAUCAGCUGAGUUGAAGAGAAUGAACACCGCUGCCUUUUAACUCUCAUCAACCGCAUACUUUUUCAUUUUUUAGAUGUCACCCAUAUAUUCUCAGUUCAGAUUCCAUUCUGGCAAAGGGGACCGAUGGCCUAAACAUCUCCAUGUGCUGCACAUAUGUAUAUUAAACCAAUAACCUGGUCUGGAUCUGCUUGUGCUGUGUUGCUCCUAUGGUCAUUAUCAACCCAAACAAUCAUGCACAAAUAGAUCUGGGACUACGUAGGCUACUAAACCAAUGCCUUGUCUAGUGAAGAAGGAUAAGUUCCCAAUCUGGCAACCUGCCAUGCCAUUAAACUAAGGCCUUGUCUAGUGAUGAAGGAAAAAUACCCAAUCUGGCAACCCGCCGUGCUGUUAAACCUUUACAGACUCAGCAGCCUUGUGGUGUGACUUGGCAUCCCCCCCCUUCCCCCCUAUUAUUAUGAGGAAGUAAUCCAGCGCCUGUAUCCCAUGCAUCAGACACACUCUCCGGCCCCGCCAUGAAAAACAUUCCACUGGCAGCCCCUCAGCACGGCCAAAAUGGGCCAAAUUCCUACUUUUGAAACUCCAUUGAAAGAAUAUGUUCAUGUUGUGAGCCGAAAAAAGAGGAAUAAUAGAUUAAAGCGAUUUUAAA